UCUUGUGAGUAGCGAUAAUCUCUCUCAUGGUGUGGACUUGCACUGAUGCAAUCAAUUCCAGUGAGCAGUGACCCAUCAAGAGUUAACCCAUCGCUCUCAGUCCCUCACCAUACCACCAUUCCCAAUUCCUUGGUUGCUAAUUUGCUACACAACACACACCUAACUUCUCUUAUUGUACUGUGUAAAGUGAAAAUGGCACUUCAAUGACGCUCUCUCUCGGGCACACAACCUCCAAGAUUCCACCUUUAACAUUGUUCCUGCGUCACCACACAAAUUCUCCACUGCCACGUCAGCAUGGCCCCUGCCGCGUCUUCUCCACCGCCGAGCUUCGCUCUCUCCGUCACAGACGACCGCAAAGACGAGGAGAGCAAGUGCGCUUACCUUGUGGUAGCUCUCUGCCCUUGUCUCGUUUGCUUCAUUCUCCUCUUAAUUGCGCUUUCCAUCAUUCUAGUUGUCAAGUUCCACUUUUUUUGCCACACCCCUCUCCAUUCCUUGCUCUACAAAAAAAACUGCUGAUUUCCCAUCUUGCCGCUUUUUCACUCCUUUCCCCUUUUCAUGGAAAGUUUCCGUUUUUGAAUAGUCCUAGGGCGUUUGCUAGUGAUUCUGAUUCUGGGGUUGAGAAUGACGAUGAUAGUGAUGGGGGUUAUGCUGGUGGAGGUGUUAGUGGUGAGUCGUGUGCAGAUCCUGACGAGGUUGAUAGGGUAUGCAAGGUGAUUGAUGAAUUGUUUGCGUUAGAUAGGAACAUGGAGGCGGUUCUUGAUGAAUGUGGGGUUCAGUUGUCACAUGAGUUGGUUGUGGAUGUCCUGCAACGGUUCAAGCAUGCUAGGAAGCCGGCGUUUCGGUUCUUUUGUUGGGCUGGGAAGAGGCCUGGGUUUGCUCAUGAUUCUAGAACUUAUAACUGCAUGAUUUGUAUUCUUGGGAGGACUAGACAGUUUGAGACCAUGGUAGCAUUGCUUGAGGAAAUGGGUGAGAAGGGCCUUUUGACAAUUGAGACUUUCUCCAUAGCUAUUAAAGCCUUUGCUGAAGCAAAACAAAGGAAGAAGGCGGUUGGGAUCUUUGAUCUGAUGAAGAAGUAUAGGUUUAAGGUGGAUGUUGAUGUGGUUAAUUUCUUGCUUGAUAGUCUUGGCACGGUGAAGCUUGGUAAAGAAGCACAAGUUGUUUUUGAGAAACUGGACGGUAGGUUUACACCCAAUUUACAAACUUACACCAUACUUCUUAGUGGUUGGUGCAGGAUGAAAAACUUGCUGGAAGCAGGGAGGGUGUGGAAUGAGAUGACUGAUGGGGGAUUUAAGCCGGAUAUUGUUGCACAUAAUGUUAUGCUUGAAGGGUUGUUAAAGUGUAAGAAGAAAUCUGAUGCUAUCAAGUUGUUUGAGAUCAUGAAGGCCAAAGGUCCUUCACCCAAUGUUCGGAGUUAUACAAUUAUGAUACAGGACUUCUGCAAACAAAAGAUGAUGGGAGAAGCUGUAGAGUAUUUUGAUGAAAUGGUGGAUCGAGGAUGUCAACCUGAUGCUGCACUUUACACGUGUUUGAUCACAGGGUUUGGGAGGCAGAGGAAAAUGGAUAUGGUGUACAAUCUACUGAAGCAAAUGAGGGAGAGAGGUUGUUCACCUGAUGGGAGGACCUACAAUGCUUUGAUAAAACUGAUGGCCAGCCAGCAUAUGCCUGAUGAUGCAGUGAGAAUAUACAACAAAAUGAUUCAAAGUGGCAUCAAACCAACGAUUCACACUUACAACAUGAUAAUGAAAUCCUAUUUUGUGGCAAAAAAUUAUGAAAUGGGUCAUGCGAUUUGGGAUGAGAUGCAUCAGAAGGGAUGUUGUCCUGAUGAUAAUUCCUACACUGUAUUGAUUGGUGGGCUUAUAAGACAGGACAGAUCCGGUGAGGCAUGUAAAUAUUUAGAGGAAAUGUUAGAGAAGGGGAUGAGAGCUCCUCAGCUUGAUUAUAACAAGUUUGCUUCUGAUAUUUCUAAAACUGGGAAUACUGUCAUCCUUGAGGAGUUAGCCCGAAAGAUGAAUUUUGUUGGUAAGUUUGAAGUGUCUAAUGUCUUAGCCAGUUGGGUUGACAUGAUGAAGAAAAGUGGCAAGACAAGAGAGCCUACGAAAUCUGCCAGGCAGUUUACCUGAUUGCCUUGCAAGUGACCAAGGAUGUUAUAACUGCACAGUUCCUCUGAGCUAUUAAUUGUCUUUGGAUUCUAGUUUUUGUGUUAAAUUCCUUUUUGUUACUGUCAACCCUCUCUCAAAAUAAAAAACUAAGCUCUUUAUUUUGUAUAUUAUUGUUGGUUGAAACUUAUAGACCAGUGUUGUAUAAAGGCAUGUACCAGUUUGAAUGAAACAUCCGGCUGAUCCACAUUUAAAUCUUUCUCUA